ACACACCAACAUAAUGCUUAGACCCAAAGCCCCUUCACACCUUAUUCCCCGCCAAAUCGCUUUUGAAAAUCUCAAUCCCGAUGCCCCAAACCAGUUCCUAUCUCUCUCGGGAAAGCUCAUAUACCUCUUGAAACAAUGCAUCUCCACCAAAGAGCUGAAACAAAUCCACACCCAAAUGCUCAUAAACUCCAUACACAAACCCAACUUCCUCCUCCCCAAAAUCAUAGACCUCAAAGACUUCACCUACGCCUACACCCUCUUCUCCCACAUCCCCGAACCCAAUGGCUACGCUUUCAACGUCAUGCUCCGUGGCCUAACCACCACUUGGCAAAAGUACCCACUUACUCUUCAACUCUAUUACCGAAUGAAGUCUCUGGGUGUGAUGCCGGAUAAUUUCACCUACCCAUUUCUCUUCAUCGCGUGUUGGAAUCUCUCGGAGCUUAAUCAUGGCCGUGCAGCACAUUCGUCUGUGUUGAAGACUGGGUUGGACGGUGAUGGUCAUGUGUGUCACUCUCUGAUCACAAUGUACUCGAUGUGUGGGGAACUGGGUUAUGCACGGAAGGUGUUCGAUGAAAUUCCCCAGAGAGAUUCGGUGUCGUGGAACUCGAUGAUUUCUGGGUAUACGAAGAUGGGGCGUGCAGGGGAUGCGGUGGGGUUGUUUGGGGAGAUGAGGGAGGCUGGGUUUGAGCCGAAUGAGAUGACUCUGGUGAGUGUUCUCGGGGCGUGCGGGGACCUUGGGGAUUUGAGCUUGGGUAGGUGGGUGGAGGAUUUUGUUGUUGAUAAAAAGUUGCAGCUGAAUUCUUAUUUGGGGUCUGCUUUGAUUGGUAUGUAUGGAAAGUGUGGUGAUUUGUGUUCGGCAAGGAGGGUGUUUGACAGUAUGAAGAAAAAGGAUCGUGUCACUUGGAAUGCCAUGAUUACAGGGUAUGCUCAAAACGGAAUGUCAGAUGAAGCAAUGGUGCUUUUUGAUGGAAUGAAAGAAGCAGGUGUUAUCCCUGAUAAAAUCACACUGGUUGGAAUGUUGUCUGCAUGUGCUGCAAUUGGUGCCCUAGAUUUGGGGAGAUGGAUUGACAAAUAUGCAUCUGAAAGGGACUUCCAACAUGAUAUUUAUGUUGCUACUGCAUUAGUUGAUAUGUAUGCUAAGUGUGGCAGCUUAGCCAAUGCACUAAGAGUUUUUGAAGACAUGCCCCAGAAAAAUGAGGUUUCAUGGAAUGCCAUGAUAUCUGCCCUUGCUUUCCAUGGGAGAGCCCAUGAAGCAAUAUCCCUAUUUGAGCGUAUGACAGAAGAAGUUGGGGCUGCUCAGCCAAAUGACAUCACAUUUGUCGCAGUACUUUCUGCUUGUGUUCAUGUUGGACUAGUCGAUGAGGGUCGUCGAUUGUUUGAUUUAAUGAGCUCAUCAUUUGGGCUGGUUCCGAAAGUAGAGCAUUAUUCUUGCAUGGUUGACCUUUUGUCACGUGCAGGAUGCGUACAUGAAGCUUGGGAUUUCAUCAAGAAAAUGCCUGAAAAACCAGAUGAAGUUACACUGGGAGCGUUACUUGGUGCCUGUCGGAAAUGUGGAAAUGUAGAUAUCACUGAACAGGUAGUGCAGCUGCUUCUAGAAUUGGAGCCUUCAAACUCCGGAAACUAUGUUAUCUCAUCAAAGAUCUAUGCGGGCUUAAAAAUGUGGGAUGACUCAGCAAGGAUGAGAGUGUUGAUGAGACAAAGGGGUGUCAGCAAGACUCCUGGCUGUAGCUGGAUUGAGACAGAGAAUCAACUUCAUGAGUUUCACGCCGGUGAUAAUUUAGAAGAGAUCUCUCAAGUACUUAAAGUAUUAUAUGAGGAUUUGAAGGAUGAAGGUUACAUACCAAACAUUAAUGCUCUCUAGAGAAACAAUGAUGGAAACAAGUGCUAUACAUCUGGAUAACCAAACGGCAUGCUUAUGAUUUUGGCCAGUUUGGACAUGCAUAGAAAUAUAUGCACAUGACUGUGGAAGCGGAACUUGAAGAAACAUUGUUUUGACUUUUAUAGCUUACAGUAAUAGCUAAUUCUUUUGAAAAAACAAUUAAGCUAGCUCUGAAAGUGCGGUAAAACUCAACGAAGGAAUACAAGGUUAAUACUCUGUUCCCCUGUCUUGCAUAAAUAUACCAGGAACUUUACCUCCAAGAUCAACAGGAUGAAAAUAUAAGAGAUCAGCUUUACUAAAAAGACAACUGUGAAGAGAUUUGCAUGAAAUUGUCCCUAGAUUUGCUAAAUUUGAGCCCCCAGCAUCCCCACUGAAGGCACCAAGCUUGCACCUUGCAGCUUUAAUGAUAGAGAAGCAAACUCUCCUCAAAGUGUUAAGAUUCCUUCAAAACCCAAAGUUCCAGCUAUAAGGGAGACCGUAAUAUCUGCAAAAAUUGCAAUCUUCACAUUACACUUGCUUAAUAGAUUGCACAACCUGGAAAACAGAAUUCGGAAGCUUCAGUCUCUACCACAUGUCCUUCUGACAUCUCACAUAUUUAUGGCACUCUAAAAGGAAGAAAUGGGUUAGAAAUGUCUUCAAACGAGCUUCAACUAGAACCCCUCAUCAUGAAUCUAGCAUCCCAACUAUUAUCAUCAACUCCAUACUUACUCCUUGUCAUAUGAAUCUGCUUCCAAAGGCUAUCUCUUUUACCAAUUCCCAAGCAAUGCUUAUUUCUUUUAACUUAGUUACCCACUAUUAGACACCCGUUCCCCCUCUAGCUACAAAGUCCCAACUAUUAAAGUGAUCUUUCUUUCCUUCCUAUCAACCUUCUGAUAGAUACUCUAGCUGAAUACUGUAAGCACUUUUUCAUUAAAUGUUCCUAAAAAUCCCAAGAUGAAACAUACCAUUUCUUAGCCAUCCACUCAUCACUCAUUGGUUCAAUUCUUUUCAUGUCAUGAUAGGCGAGCUUUAAUCUAGAGAGGAUUGAUCAUGCCUAAGAAAAUCUUCACUGGCAAACUCCCAAGUUGGACAGUUGAAAGAUGGAAUCUUGUUAGGAUGUAUGAUUCUAGUCUGACAUCCACAUAUGUACACACACAGGUGUGUGUGGGAAAAUUUUCACUUGGCAAACUCCCAAGUUGGACAGUUGAAAGAUGGAAUCUUGUUAGGAUGUAUGAGUGUGUGUGGGAAAGUUUUCACUAGGCAAACUCCCAAGUUGGACAGUUGAAAGAUGGAAUCUUGUUAGGAUGUAUGAUUCUAGUCUGACAUCCACAUAUGUACACACACAGGUGUGUGUGCUAGUUUUUACUGAUAAUCAGCCAACAUACAGAUGACGGCUACAAUGUGGGCGGAGAAAUAUCAUAUUUCUUCUUAACAAUGGCGGAUAUCCAAAAGAAGAAAAGUUCCAUCUUGGGCCGUACAAUGUAAUAAUGAACUGGAACUACACUACCUUGGUUGAUUCUUCUAUCCAUAAUGGGGAGAGCAACUGCUGGACGACCAAGUUCAAUGCGAGGAGGAGCUUAUAGCAACAAUUAAUACGGUAAUUAAGGAUAAAGAGGACUGCUUGUGCUUUAUACUUUAUUCUUUAUAGAGGUCAUUUUAGACAAGGAGGACUCAAGCAAAGUGCUAAUUCAGUUUGGCUGUACCAUAUUUGCCAGAAGUAACCCUCCACAACCGUGACUAAAAUUGAAAUUAUUACUUGAAAGCUCUAUAUUUGUCUUAGAAACUAGGAAGAAAAAGAUGAGAUAUAAAUAGUUCCAUUGUUGUUUACCCAUAAUAACAAGUUAGUUGUACUAUAACAGCCUACUAGCUCUGAGGUCAAAAGCACUUCAUAUACCUAUUAAUGUCAAACACAUAAAGUUGGUAUUUAAAUUUCAGGAACAUGUUGCUGAAAAUCAAAUUUUUUUUGUUGUGUUUUGUUUUUUUUUUUGGGUGAGACUGGUUAUGAUAUGUGUAGAUAGGCACCACAAAUGUUCCUCUGUGUGUGGAGAUUGUCUUGAGGUGGUAAAUGGGGUAUUCAUUCUCUCCUUCCAGGGUGACCUUUCAUCUCAAUGGGGAAGGUGCUACCCCACAAUUGUUGCAAUUAGCUUGCAACCAAGUGACUUUAAAAGAGGUCUACAUUACAAGUAUGCAGGUCCUAUCCCAGCAUAUCUCUCUUUUUCAUAUGAUUCAAUCUUCCUAAAGGCUAGUGCACAAAAUGGUUGACAUGAGUAGGAUCCCCGGAUACUUUCUAUUCUCCAUUGCAUUAACUCCCAAUAUAACUGGAGUUCAAUUAGUUCUCUACCCCACUGUAAAUUGUUACCAUUUGCCAGAGAAAUAACUGGAGCAAUGUGUUAUAUUGAGAAUGAAUGCAGUGGAGAAUCAUAUAUUCAUAGUGGGUAUGUGGGGAUGCCCACGAUAUGCACAGCUAAAAAAGGAAGCCUCGGCCACAAAAUACAGGGGAAGCAAACAAAUGGCUAUAAAAGCUCAGUUGUAUAGGGAAGUUUAACAAAUGACCUUUGCGUAAGAAGUUCAUACAUGCAUGCUUAAGAACUAAAGUGUUGUCUGUUUACUUUGACAUUUAGUUGCAAAUUUGCUAGGGAAUUCAACUUAUCAGCACUAUUCUUAAACUUGGUUGGAGAAACCAUACCAUUCUUUUUUCUAUGACUCUGGGAAACUAUUUCUAUCAGACUGGAAUGAAUCUGCAUCAAGUAUUUUCAAGGAGUGGUGCUUGGAAUAUCCUUCACCUCUGUUGUGUCUAAACCUACUUCAUUUCUAACGACAUUGUCAGGCUGUACAACAACUGCCUUCUCCAUUUUGACAAGAAGUGAGAACCCAACCAAGUUGAAUUCAUCGAAAAUGGCUCCAGCAAAUAGCUAAGCAUCGGCUGAUUCUACUAUUUCUGCGGUGAAGGGGGUGCUCAAAACACCCCAAUAAGAUCCAAUGAAAUGUGGGUGGUCCUCUGGUACCAGGCCUUUUUGCAGAGGGCAUGACUGUCAAGGCAUAACCACAAGUCUGCCAACUCAAUGAGGCAAUUGCUGGCCUUUGUAACGGGAAGAAUCUGCCCAGCAACAAUACCCAGUUUCAAAGCUUUACCAAGGAACUAGCUGCCUCCACUGCAAUUUCUAGGCCUCCUUGGUGAGUCAAUCUGAAACAAAAACGUAUCAAUUAUCUUUCUGUUAACUGGCUACUAUUAAAUUGAUAUAUGAAUAUACCAAAGAAUUUUCUAGUUCGAAGCAUUUGAGAAAUUACUUGGGAGUUAAAAAUAACCGAUCAGUAGGCUCAUGAAAGGACGGAUGAGACAGCUUACACCGAUAUAAAUAGGCUUUCUGUCUUUCAAAGCAGUUGCGAAUGUUUCAUCAAUCUGUGAACGUGCAUCUUCCAAGUCCUUCACAACAGCCUCAAAGUAAUUGCAGCAUGGCAUAUUAGAAAUGGAGUUGAUAUCUAGUUAGGCUAACCACCAAGAUUUACUUGGAAUACAAUCAAUCAAGUUUAAAUAAAUUUGUUAUCAAUUACUACCUCAUUAUUGCA